CGAGUUUAAGCUUAUCGAUCCGGUUACUAUACUCAGCCCUAUACUUCAAGAUGGCCCCCCGUCGACUUCUCCUCGUCAGCUAUCCCCGUACAGCAUCCAAUCUCCUUCUAAAGAUCCUUGCUCUUGCAGAUCAACCCAAUGUCGUCGCCAAUGAGCAGGGUGGCUACUUCUUCAUGAAAGCCUAUACUACUGCCUCCAAGGAUGGCUGCAUUUACAAGCCAGCCGACCACUGGACCACUGAAGAGUGCGAUGAAGUCCGGUCUACCUUCCAGGAAUGUCUGAACGAGCUGGAGGAAUACAGUAGCCGUGCUGAAAAAGAAAAUAAAAUGCUGGUCACUAAGGAACAUGCUUUCUGGCUCUGCAACCCAAUGGCAUUCAGCCGGAUGAUCCACGGCACCAAUGGUAGCUAUGACUCCCUUUUCCGCCUACAAGUCCCAGCCACCUACGGACCCUCCCAGACUUUCUCCCCAAACAACGAGACCGUCUUUCCGGACGAGUAUCUGCGCACCUGGCGUCUGGCGUUCAUUAUUCGUCAUCCGGCGCUGGUGUUUCCAUCCUUUUAUCGUGCAAUGAUGAAGAUGGUGGCCGCAGGUGUUAUUAAAAAAGAGGAGCUGCCUGGCGUCUUAGAGACAAAUAUGUCGUUGAAGUGGACUCGGAUGCUCUACGAUUAUGGCAUGGAGAACAAUGACUCCGACUCCAAGCCAUUGUUACUAGACGCCCAUGAUGUCAUUCACAACUCCGCUGUGAUAACUCGAUUCUGCGAGCUGGCUGGCCUGGAUUCCAGCAAACUCAAGUUUGAGUGGGAGAAGAAAUCAGAUGCUAGUGGUACGCCGAGUAAGGGAACGCCUGUCGAACAGAGAGACGUUACUGGGCAAGACGUGCGCUUUAAUAACCAGGAAGCUCAGGCAAUCAUGCUUUCUAGUUUAGCGGGAUCAUCUGGGGUUCUGAAAGAUAAGGCGCCGGUGAUCUUGGACGUCAAUACUGAGGCGUCUAAAUGGAGGGAAGAAUUUGGUGAGGAGACCAGUCUUCUUCUUGAGAAGGCAGUUCUGGCAGCCAUGCCAGAUUACGAAUACUUGAAGGCUCAGCGUGUUCAACUGUAGAUUCUAUUUGGAUACUGUGGUCUGGAGAGAAUGUAAGACCUGAGGUGAACAGCGAAACUAAUGCAGAGAAUAUGGUUAUUAACGCGCAAGGAUUUGGUAGUUCACGAUAUCAACUUAGAAC